CUUCCGGACCCAGGAAUGACCCGCGCGUCCGGGAAUUUCCCUGGCCCGGGGCUGCCAGCUCCAGUCCCAUCAGGAUAAAAGGCAUUCGCCCCGCUCAGGGAGCCACAGAGCCUGCUCCGCCAGCAUUCCCUCCAGCCCUCCCGCCGCAGACAGCCACCCUCCGAGCUAAGCCCCAUGGCCCGCGCCACCAUCGCCGCCUCCCCCUGCGCCCCGCGCUUCCUCCGCGCCGCGCUGCUGCUCCUGCUCCUAGUGGCCGCCGGCCGGCGCACAGCAGGGGCCCCCGUGGGCGGCGAACUGCGCUGCCAGUGCCUGCAGACCGUGCAAGGAAUUCACCUCAAGAACAUCCAGAACCUGAAGGUGACGCCCCCGGGACCCCAUUGUGACCAAACGGAAGUCCUAGCCACUCUCAAGAAUGGUCAGGAAGCUUGUCUCAACCCUGAAGCCCCCAUGGUUAAGAAAAUCAUCAAUAAGAUGCUAAACAAUGGCAGCGCCAACUGACCUAAAAGGAAGAAGCUUAUUGGCCGCAGUUCCUGAAAAGCCGUCUCUGCUCUUAUCUGAACUGAAAAUGAAGAGAACAGCUGGCAUACAUCAAGAAAGGACUUGAUGCGCUGGACUACUUUUUAUGAGUUCUAUUUAUUUAUACAUGUAUUUAUUUAUUUUUCAUAGCUCAUUAUUAUAAUAUUUGACAUGUUAGUAUUUAAAGAUGUGAAUGUUUAAUCAAUUCUGACUCAGUUCUGAUUGUUAUUUAAUACGAAGAUGAUGGAUUUUAAAUGUUUUAUUACUUAAUUAGCAUUUAUUUGGAGACCAUAAAGUGCCAGGCACAGUGGUGGGGGGGAGGGGAGGGGCGGGGAGGGAGUUCUCUCAAUCACAGGGUAAGAUCACUGUUGGAAUCAGGGGAAGUGUGUGCACCUCUAUUUUUGUACUUGUUUAAAAGAAUGCCAGUUGUUAUUUAUUGAAAUUAUUUCACAUUAUAUGGUCAGCACUUGUGUGUUGACGUUUCCCUUGGACAUUUUAUGUCUUGCUUGUAGGGCAUAGUGCCUUGUUAAAUAUUCAUUUUGCAAUGUUUCUCUUUGUUCUGGAACAGAGAAGUUAAAACUACUGUUACUUUUUUUUAAUGA